CAUAUCGGUUGUGGUGAUGGACGUGAUGCAUGCGUGUCGCUGCUGCCUGCGGUGUGCUCCGGACUUGGACCUGACGACGCCGUACACACAUCUCGGCAUGACGGAGAUAUAUGCCGACAUGAUCAAAGAGUGCUUUGACAUAAAUCUGGUGGUAGGCGGCUCGGGCUCGUGCGGCAUCUGCUCGGCGUGCGUGGGCCGCCUGCGAGACGCGAGCGACUUCAAGCUGCAAGUGCAGCGCAGCCAGGCAGAGCUACAGGCGCGCACGCAGGCAGCGAGCGUCAAAGGUAGAGAAGCAGUGAAUUUUAGUCAUUCUGUUUGA